CCAUGAGUUGAUUACGACGGCACUGGCGACGAAAUGUAUGCCAAGUAAUUUGCAUAAACCGCGAAUCGGACGCCCGCAGACAGACAUUCGUUGACACAGAUGAUCGGCAUCAAAGGAGGUGCGAAUAACCAGCCGAGUAUGUGAAUAUAAUGAAGACUGGUUGGCAUAGCCAUAGUCCUCAGAGAAAUACCCAAAAAAAAAAACAAAACAAAAAUACAAAAUACUUAGCAGCCACCCCCCUUUUGCUUUUUUUCUUUUUGUUUACUACAAAAAUGAGCUGCCAAACGUAUGGUCAGGAACCUAAUCUCUGCUACUGCCAACCUAUGGGAUCAGAGCGCUGGCUAAGGCAUCCCAUCUCCCCAGAUGAUACGAUGACCCGGCUGGCCUUGAAAUACAAUACCAGCAUCGGGAAGCUAUGCCGAGCCAAUAGGAUGCACUAUCAGGAUGUCUUACAGGCACGACAUCACAUCUGGGUGCCUUUGCCCACGGAUCAUUGUCAAUCAGAGUCUUCACUCGAACCAGAACUUCAAGAAGGUUCACAGAUCCAUUACACAGGCAAAGCGAGCAACUUGCCACCCCAUUUCUUUCGCCAAAGUGCACCAAAUCCGAAUGACUUUGCCAAUGAGGAAGAUCCCCUGCUGAUCACCACCAAAAUCGUGUGGACCGAUCUUCUGCAGCAAACCAAGUAGGUACACGCGCUCGCUGUCGCUCGGCGGCAAUUUUAUUUAGAAAACCACAUUAGAAAGCAGCAGGCAGGAGUUUCCAUGCUUCAUGCCAUGGCACAGAGAGAAUUUACCUACCAAAUUGUUUGUAUAUUUUUAUAUUUAUAUUUUAAUUUUAAUACAAAUGU